AAGUUGAAUCACCAGUGACAUAGUCACUUUCGAUACUCCGCAGUGGCUACAGGUCAUCAGUGCGUCUGUGUAGUCGUGUGUCUGGCGUUCAAAAAUGCUGCACGAACUCAGGUUCAUCUAUGCUCGGAUUGUGUCGCGCCAUGUUUAAUAACACCCAAUCAACUGUGGAAGUUGUAAAAUAUGACGACGAUAAUAUAUGUGUUCCUGAUGGAUAGUAACCUCGACACACAACUAUAGGAUGGCUAAGGAAGGACCAGUCGAGACAGGGGAGGUGCAACCAAGAAGUGAUGGCAGUAGUUCCAAGUCAGCAUUAUGUGUGACUGACGAGUUAAAGUUCCUACUACAAGAUGGCAGCGUCACAGCAGCAGACACCAAUAACACCUCAGAACUACCGCCAUGGUUCGACUUGGACAAAUUUCGAAGGGGCCAACAGUACUUCCACACCAACUACUUCGCAAUGUUCGUGGCCAAGUUGUGCGGGUUGCUCACCAUCCUCGCUAUCCCCAGCAUCCUGAGGGUUCUGGUGUUGACCCGCCAGUCAAACGAGCCAGUUGCUGCUUUCAGGCGCUACUUAGUCACAAUGAUACACAUGUUGGACUGGUACGAGGGAGACCUGCUUGAACCAACCUCCAGGGCCCACAAGUCCCUGAUUGGGGUCAGGACGCGCCACUGUUCGGCCUCCCGGAAGGCACGCAAAGCGGGUUUGGGGCCCAUAUCUCAAUUGGAUAUGGUUCUGACACAGUUUGGGUUCAUGGGCUUCGGACUGCUGGUUCCAGAGAAACUGGGGAUUAGUGGAUCCCCCGAGGAGCAAGAAGGCUUCGUCCAUUUCUGGAGAACAGUGGGCCACCUUUUGGGGAUUGAAGACAGGUUCAAUAUUUGUAAGGGGGACGUGUUGGAGACGAAACAGUUAUGCCAGACGAUUCUGGAACAAGUGUUUGUUCCCGCAUUACGUAAACCUCCGAAGGGCUUCGAACACAUGUCCCUUUGUCUGCUGAAAGCUAUGUGGUCUAUGGUGCCAUUCCUAGAUUAUGACGCCUUCAUGAGCUUUACCAUGCGUUUAGCGGGCGUCGAGACGUCACAUAACAGCAAGGAGACGCUGACAUUUCACAGCAGAGUAAUUCUGGCGUUCCAGAUACUAGUCCAUGAAGUGGUUCUCAGGAACUGGCUUCUGGCUUGGAUGGUAAGACCGAUACUAAAUUUCGGAAUGUGGUUCUCCGUGUUCAUGACGCAGCGACUGCCAAUUUUAGCGUACGUACAAUUCGGCAAAAGUCAAGUCCACUGACUAGCACUGAGACAGAAUAGGCGAGCCAUCCGACUUCAUGGAUCACGAGUUCCUAGCAGGGUAAAAGACUAAUCGAAUUCCUCAAACUACGUCUUUGGUGUCUGGUGAGGUCAGACAGAAAUUAUAUUGUGGUCUAUUCUGUAUCGUUUUCAUCUAGAAUAUUUUAUGUAACAUUCGUAUUUUGCCUUUUCCCCCCUGAAUAAAUGUAUUUUCUCAACCCAGCCGUCAUCUUAUAAAUAAAAUAUAAAUAUAAUACGUUUGGUGAA